UAUGCACUCUCUUCUGACUAUGACGACAGAUACUCUGCUGACGCAUACACCUUGCAUGGGCUAAAAAAGACAGCCACAAACGCACACCAAGGACAGACGCAAUUCGACCCCCCAAAUUGCAGCAUUUCCAUCCCAUACUCAACCCACCGACCAAUGUCUUCUUACUCCUCGUUCGCAGUCAUCGGUGCCGGCACUCUUGGUGGCCCCAUUCUUGCCGCCCUCGCCGCCCAGCCUUCCGCCAAAGUCAUCCUCCUCUCCCGCACCGCCUCCAAGAAAGUCCCAGAGUACGUCCAGGUUGUCUCAGUCCCGUCGUAUGAUGAUGUCUCGGCCGUCACCGCUGCACUCAAGUCCCACAACGUCGACGUGAUUGUGUCUACACUGUCCAUCGAGGCCAUUUCUGUGCAGGUGCCCCUCAUUGACGCGGCGAAGCAAGCUGGUAUUAAGUUGUUCGUGCCCUCCGAGUUCGCCGCACCCUCAGAUGGACACACGGGGCCUGAAUUCGGCGAGAAAAACAAGAUCAUCGCAAAACUUCAGAGCGUCGGCCUGCCAUUUCUCCGGAUCUAUAACGGGGUGUUCACCGAGUUCUUAACUUGGGUUGUGAAUUUCGACCCUGCGGCGAAGAAGCUGUAUGUGAUUGGUAAAUCGUCGGGCAUUGUCUCCACCACAUCCAUCAGAGAUGUUGCAGGCUAUGUUGCCCAUAUCCUCACCCACCAAACUACCUCUGCCCUCGAGAACCAGAUCCUGCGUAUUGAAGGCGACCGCAUCUCGGGCUUUCGAUCCCUCGGCCCCCUUCUCAAUGCAGAAGUUGAGACAGUUGAGACGAUGGGAGGGGAGAUGCCCAGCUUCAAAGCGUUCUUGAUGGGCAUCGCCGACAACGGUCUGGCUACCACUGGCCACGGAGUCCAAGGUUUGUCCGAUGAGGAGGCCUCCAAGAGCGGGAACGCGUUGUGGGCAGGACACCAGUGGAAGACUGUCAAGGAUAUUCUUUGUUCAUAG